GCGGAGACGACUCAGUUUCAACCCACCAUCACACCUCUCGCAACCCCUUCUACCUUUUUGCGCUAUCACUAUUAAUUCAUCGACUUGGACUUGUACCACGCCAUUUAAUUGUAGCUAUUACCACCUUCCCUGCGCGGACGACGAAGCCACAUUCUUGUACCUAGGCAAGAGCGCACUUGAAGAGGAAGGAAUUACACCAUGAACGCGCCAGAUAGAUUCGAGCUCUUCCUGCUAGACGAGGGUCAGAAGAAGGUCGAAUGGAAAGAGGAGACACGUGUCCCGCACACAGCCAUCUUCACCUUCAACAAAGAAGACCACACGCUUGGCAACUUACUCUCCCAGCGCCUUCUAAAGUAUGACUAUAUCGUCUUCUCCGCCUACAAGGUUCCGCACCCGCUGUUUGCGACGUUCGAACUCCGCGUCCAGACCGACGGUUCGAUUACACCUAAGGAUGCGAUCAUCAGGGCAUGCAGGGAUAUUGUGCAGGAUCUCCAGAGGUUGAAUGACAGCUUUCAGCAGGAGUGGCUGGGCAAGAAGAUUGUGAGCGAGGGCGAGGCCGAGAGGGUUGCGCGCGAGCAGAACAACUUCUAGAGUGGUCUUGAAUGGAUCCUGAGCGAAUGGGGGCGUAUGGGUGAAGAAUUCUUGAAGGAGAUGCAUACCUCGGCGUUUAAAAGGUGGCUGGCAUGCUAUGGCCGGUCUGGCGUUAUGGUUGGGUGUAUGAACAUGGCAUUUCCGAUAUUGUCCUCACUGUGUUUAGGCAGUUGGGACUCAUGAGAGCCGUAGCGUUCACACUGCGUGGGAUCUAGAGGACUGUUCAGCGAUCCCGUUGUGUCUACUCUGAGGCUUACACGUCGUGCACUCAGUUUCAGUGUUUGCUACCGAGAGCGACCAAGUCAUGCCAUCUACCCGCAAGGGAGACACUAUAAAGGAGAGAACUAGAAAAUGGCAGUGUAUGACAUGGUUGUUUAUAUGGUUCAAAGUACAGCCAGUGUGGAGGUGAUAUGCUCAG